AUGGCAAGCAACUUUUACUUCAAAGCAGGAAGCAUACUUGGACUCACUGCCGUUGGUUUGGGCGCGUUUGGUACACAUGGUCUCGCCAAGUACGUUGGCGAUGAUGCCACCAAGCUCAAGAACUGGAGCAUGGCAGCUCAUUAUCAACUUUUGCACGCCGUUGCAUUGGUUUCCAUUUCGUCCAUCCCACCGGCUGUUCGACGCAUUCACCCAGCAGUAGCACCAUUAAUGCUGGGUGGCACGAUUGCUUUCAGCGGCUCCAUUUAUAUUUUAACGUUGAAGAAGCGUGAACAACUGAGAUUCCUUGGUCCAGUAACACCUCUGGGAGGUUUGGCAAUGAUGGCUGGUUGGGCAGCUCUUUUGCUUUGA